ACUCCAUACAUAUAAGACAAGCUCCUCCCUUUGUCCACAAAUAGCUGAGCAGAGGGUGUGUCCUCAGUCUUCCUGAGUAUAAUAACACCAGUGGAAAACUCUUCUGCUGCGGAAGGGAAAGAAAGAGAGACCUGCUUUGUUGAAGUGAAACCCAACACAUUUCAAAUGAGGAUGACCAGCAGACAGUUCCUUGUCACCCUCUUCAUUCUCUCUGGCUCACUGACCUGCUAUGGAUUCAGAAUUUGUGCCUUUAAUGUUCAGAGUUUUGGUGAUUCAAAAUCAGCCAAUGCCAUAAUCAUGAAUUCUGUAUCACGGAUUGUAUCUCGUUGUGACAUAUGUUUGCUCCAGGAGGUCAGAGAUCAGAAAAAUAAAGCCAUUCCACGCCUGCUUGAUGCAGUCAACAGGCUUAAUAAUAAUGAUUAUGACUACGUGGCAAGUGAGCGUCUCGGGAGAACACAAGCGUAUCAGGAGCAAUACGUUUUUGUUUACAGGAAAAGCACAGCGACGCUGAUAAACCAGUAUCAGUAUCCAGAUACACAGAAAGGGGAUGUUGAUGCUUUCUCCAGAGAACCCUUUGUGGUACAUUUUCAAGCCCCUAAAACAGUUGCCAAGGAGUUUGUCUUGAUUCCGCAGCACACCACUCCUUCAAAUGCCACCAAAGAGAUUGAUGAACUUUACGACGUCUUUGUGGAUGUUAGAAAGCGAUGGAAAAUUGAGAAUGUGAUGUUCCUUGGGGACUUCAAUGCAGCUUGUGGUUACGUGGCUAAAAAGAACCGUAAGAACAUCAGGCUCUUCAGUGACCCGUCUUUCAUCUGGCUGAUUCAGGAUAAGGUGGACACUACGGUGAAACAGUCGACGGACUGUGCAUACGACAGAAUUGUUGUGCAUGGAGAGCCAUUUCUCAAAACAAUCGAACCGUUUUCAGCACAGCCGUUCAAUUUUCCCAAGGAAUUCCAUCUUACAGAGGCUCAGGCUUUGGAAGUGAGUGAUCACUACCCCAUCGAGGUGGUUCUCAAGACUCAGAAAUCAGGGUUUUUCACAAGAAGCAACAAAGUUUCAUGUCUUCAGCCUACAUUGUUUGUCCUGAAUGUCUUUCUGCUACUGCAGAUGAUCAUAUGACCACAAAUCAACCACAAGUGGAUUAUUCAUCUCAUCUAGAUGAAGACUUUACUUUGCUGUUACACAGCUGCUAUGUUCUUGAGCUCAUACAGAUCCACAACUGCAUCUACAAAAUGUGCUGCUGAUUUUUGGAUGUGAAUGAAUAUUGUGUUUUACAGCUUCUUGUAAUUUAUAAUCAUGGAGAACUGGCUCAGGUUGUAUAUUCCUGUUGUCUUUUUGAUUAGAUUUCUCAUUUAUGCAAGUUAAAUGUAUUCAUUUUUGAAGAGAAUUUUAUUUUUGUAAUACAUUUUUUUGAUUAAAAUGCACCUGUAUGAA